CAACAUAAGAAAGACGCGAUCUUAAAUUACCAUAAACUGUCGACUAUAGCAGCCUGCCUGCGUAUUUUUUCACUUUCUGAUUUAUCCUUUUUUAUCCGCACAAAUUAUUCAGCUAAAGAAAUGUUCUCUGUUUACAGGUAGAGAAACAAAACAACUAGUUUCUUACAAUGCACGUCUUCUUUUUCUUCUCUUUGUUUCUCAUUUACUUCGAGACUCUUGAACACGAUAAGAAAGCUUCGCUUGUUUCUUGUCAAAUUUCAGAGUAUCUCUUCACCGCUGGAACCAGAGCUCUCCGGUUUGCCAUCGCUGGACCGGAGUUUCAUGCAGCCAAGACCGAGAUCGAAUUGUAUCCGUUAGAUUUCCCAGUGUGAUUCCACCUUUCUGAAGAUUCUAAGCCUUUAGAAAGAACCAACUCACCGGAAACUUCCCUUGUAUGAUUUCAUCAAAUCUCAAGAACUCGAUUCAUCUCUAUCUACAACACAGCCGCCUCUCCGGUCCACUACCACCGAUUCUCUCGGAGUUAAAGAGUCGAUCUAAUUUUGAUCGGCCAAGCCUGACGCAAAUCGACCUGUGGAACAAUACAAUACCAAAAUCUUUUCAAAGAUUCCAAAGUUGAUCCUUUUCUGGCAACAUCAUAACCCAAAAGGAGAAAGAAACACAAAGACUUUCCAGAAUAUCUUGUAUAAUGAUGAUCACUUGUUUCGGGAAGGCUAGAAUCUCAGGGAAGUUUCGGAAGAGAGACUCUUCAUCGUCUUCUCCUCCAAGAAACUGGACAUCUAAAGACGAUAACACUGAAGAAGAAGGCAGCAAGAUCAUCUUCUUCGGGGGAAAGAACCAUUCAUUUGAUUUAGAUGAUCUGCUAAGCUCAUCAGCUCAAGUUUUGGGUAAAGGCGCUUUUGGUACAACCUAUAAGGUAACAAUGGAUGACAUGAGCGCUGUCGUGGUGAAGCGUCUGAAGGAAGUAGUGGUGGGGAGAAGAGAAUUUGAGCAACAGAUGGAGAUGAUUGGCAUGAUCAGACAUGAGAAUGUAGCUGAGCUAAAGGCUUACUACUUUUCCAAAGACGAUAAACUCGCUGUUUAUAGCUACUACACUCAAGGAAGCCUCUUCCAGAUGCUGCACGGAAACAGAGGAACGUAUGAUCGAGUGCCUUUAAGUUGGGACGCUAGAUUGAGGAUAGCAACAGGAGCAGCGAGAGGCUUGGCUAAGAUCCAUGAAGGGAACAACGGGAGAUUCAUCCAUGGGAACAUCAAAUCAUCAAACAUCUUCUUAGACUCGCAAGGCCACGGCUGCAUAGGAGACAUUGGCUUGACGACCAUCAUGAGAUCUCUUCCUCAAAGGACUUGCCUUAGUUCAGGUUACCACGCACCUGAAAUAACAGACACGAGAAGAAGCACGCAGUCUUCAGAUGUAUACAGCUUCGGGGUGGUUCUACUCGAGCUUUUGACUGGGGCAAGUCCAGCGAUUACAGAGGCGGAACACAGUGGUGAGAACAUGGAUUUGGCUAGCUGGAUAAGGAAUGUGGUGGCGAAAGAUUGGACAGGGGAAGUGUUUGAUAUGGAGAUUGUGAGUGAAUCAGGUGUGGAGGAUGAAAUGGUAGAGAUGCUGCAGAUAGGAUUGGCUUGCGUUGGUGUGAAGCAACAAGAACGACCUCAUAUAGCUCAAGUUGUGAAAUUGAUUCAAGACAUUCGAUCAACCGAGUGAAGGAAGGAAGGAACACAAAGUUUUGGUAGCCUUAAUCCACAAAACACACAAAAUCAAUUCUUUCUUCUUCAAUGAUCAUUUUUUUUUUUUUAAAUUCAAUUUGAA